AUGGAGAUACACAUUCGAUUACGCGAGUUAUCAGUGUUCGAGACAGAAUAUGACCGUAUCUUAAUAUUCAAGGAGCCAUUUUCAAACAAAGCACUGGAAGGUCACUUGAUAAGAACGGAGAAAGUGCCCGAUGAGGGAAGCUGCCGACUGAAGUGUUACUUGGAACCAAACUGGGUGUCAGUCAAGUUUCCUCGAAUUGAAAGAAUGCUUGUCAUUGCAGACCUUGCCCGGGGAAAUAUGCCUUUUGCCAUGUGGGGUUUACAGAAAAAGGUUAUAGAUGCGACUGCCGUGAGGGGUAUAGAGGCGAACGAUGUAAUGAAGCCAGAGGCUUGGAACACUGCGGAGGCCAAUUGCAAAAGACAAGGAGCGCAGCUGGUAAAGAUCCAAUCCGCAGAGGAGAACGAAUUCCUUACAAGGACGUUCCUCACGGCAUCUGCAGUGACUUACUGGAUCGGUCUAAGUGAUCAGGUGAAGGAGGGAGAGUGGAUCUGGACGCAUGGAGGUCCCCUAGGAAACUACACCAACUGGCGAGGUAGUAACCCAAACAACCAAAAGGGUAAUCAAACUUGUGGACAUAUAGUGAAGGGGAGCAUGAAGAUCAGAUUGCAAAACGGAUGGUACUCAUGGUCGUAUACCUUCAGCGGCUAUAACGGAGAGUGGAAUGACCUAGAAUGUGAUGCGCAGCUUGGAUAUAUUUGUGAGCAGGUUUCUCCAUAACCAAGGAUGAAUUAUUUUGGACAGUUGUUUAGUGAAAAUCAGGUCGCAUCAGUAUAGGUUGAUACCUAUUUUCCUAUAACAUUUUUCUUUUUUUUUUUUCAAGUCCGGCCGUUCAUAAAAUCCAUGCCGUAAAAUAAAUCAAAAUUGCUUGGCCCAGUGCCUUGAUUUGGGCGUGAAAUAAUAUUCGGAUUAGUUUUCAGGUGAUCUCGUAGAGUAACGGGGGACAAUUAGUCUCGGCCUCGGGCCUUAUAUUAGCUGAUAUACAGUAAAGGGUGCUAGUAGGUGUACUAGUAAUAGCACUACCACUAGAAGUAUUAGUAGUGGUAGCAGCUUAUUUAUUUAAGCACGGUAAAAUCGUUAGCCAUGAUGUAUACAAUAACUAGAGUGCAGUGGGCUAAAUCCUCUAAGUUAAAAGAUUCAAUGUACUGUUUUACAAGAUUGCCGUGGGGAGGCGUGACGAAAUGUUUCUAUAGAGUCGGUUGAUUUCACUUUUGAAAUGUCCAAGAGCGUCUAUUUUGCUUAGCUUAAUUGACAAACUGUUCUAUAGUGAUGCGCCGCUAUAACCAAGACCUCGUUUCGAGUAAUUAGUACGCGGCAGUGGCUAUUUACACCACAUGGUGGCUCGUGAUAGGGUUAAGCUGAUAGCUGAGAAUUGAACAAGAAUUAAACUGUCAACCGACAACUGCUUCCUUUUUUUAUUUUUUUGAGGAACACACAACAUCAGUUAAAAUUGAUAGGUGCAAAAUUGACUGACAGCCAAUAGCGUUCCAAUGCAGACCCACAAGAAGCCUCCGGCAGUCCUUUACUUUCUUUGCUUUUAAGAUUGUUGUUUCCUUUUAUGCUUAAACAUUGUAAUACUAUAAUUUGGCAUGAAGGACGAGUAAAUGUAAACGAAUAAGCUAUAGUGUAUCAAUAAAUGUGAAUUCAUGUUUGG